CCAACCUUGUGUCAUUGGUUUUGUCCGUUGCUUGAGAGUUUUCCCGCGCUACCCUCGGUGUAAAACAACACAGUGAGCUGUCACAGUGUAGCUAGCGUCUUGACAAUAUUUUACCGUAUCUUUACAUCCAAAGCUAAUUUUUGCUACCAUAUUAUGCCAUCAUCAGACUAUGAUCCGGCUUCUCUGCCGGACCUUUUACCGCUGUACUACCGGCGGCUUUUCCCAUUCUCCCAGUAUUACCGCUGGCUGAGCUACGGAGGAGUGCAGAAAAACUACUUUCAAAAUCGCGAGUUCUCGUUUACCCUGAAAGAUGACAUCUAUGUACGCUACCAGUCGUUCAGCAUGCAGAAUGAGCUGGAGAAAGAAAUGCAGAAGAUGAACCCCUACAAGAUCGACGUGGGAGCAGUGUACAGCCACAGGCCAAGUCAACACAACACUGUGAAGUCGGGGACCUUCCAGGCUCUGGAGAAGGAGCUUGUGUUUGAUAUCGAUAUGACAGAUUAUGAUGACGUCCGAAGCUGCUGCAGUGCUGCUGACAUCUGCUCCAAGUGCUGGACCUUAAUGACCAUCGCCAUCCGUAUCCUGGAUAGAGCUCUUCAAGAUGACUUUGGUUUCCAGCACCGUCUGUGGGUUUAUUCUGGCAGAAGAGGAGUACAUUGUUGGGUGUGUGAUGAAGCUGCCCGGAAACUGUCUGUAGCAGCACGCUCUGCUGUGACAGAAUACCUCAGCCUGGUCAAGGGUGGUGAUGAAACCAUAAAGAAAGUAGUGCUGACUGAACCAAUUCACCCUUUUAUCAGCAAGUCUCUGGAAGUGGUAAAGGAAUACUUUAGCCGAUAUGCACUACAUGACCAGGACCUGAUGGGAAGCAAGGAGUCUGUAGAAAAAGUGCUGGCACUCGUUCCUGAGGAUGCCAGAAGCUACCUACAGCAGGAGUUCGAAAAGGAGAAGAAGCCUGAGAAACGUUGGAAACUGAUUAAGGAAGAGGCUUUAAGGAAACAGAGCACUGCAAAGAAGGGCCAGUACUUUGAAAACGAAAUCAUGCUGCAGUAUUGUUACCCACGGCUCGACGCCAACGUCAGCAAAGGUGUGAACCAUCUGCUGAAGAGUCCUUUCAGUGUACACCCCAAAACAGGCCGCAUUUCUGUUCCCAUAGAUGUCAGUGAAUUAGACAAAUUUGAUCCCUUUUCUGUGCCCACGAUCAGUCUGAUCUGUGAGGAGUUGGAUCGGCCCAGGCCAGGCGAAGAGAAAGAGAAAUUGGAGGAUGCGAAGGAGAAGGCAGACGAGAAAGAUGCAAUAGAGAAGCGCAAGAGCAGAGAUUACAAAAGAACCAGCCUGGCGAAGUACAUAAAAUACUUUGACCAGUUUCUGGAUGGAAUGGCUCGUUCAUGGAAAGGAGAGCGUCUCAGAAACAGUGAUCUUCAGAAAGAAUUCUGAACUGGAUCAUCAGAAGGUGACACCUCAGAACAACGUCCUGUUGGCUAAUGUUGCUAAUUAUGCUUUGUGGUGUUUUUGGUGCCAUUUUUCUACUACACAUUAAUUUCGCCAGAAUCUGUUUUAUUAUGCUUUGUAAUAAAAGACUCGCUGAUAAAACAUUUAAUAAAAUGCUUAAUAAAUCCCUGAUUUUUUACCAUAAAAUUUCACAGUAAAGUUUUAUUUGUCUAAUUGUUGGCUGUAUUUGUGAUGAAUAAAUUCAGUAUUUCUACUCUUGCAAA